AUUUAUAUUUUGAGUAAUUCUAGCUCCUAAGUUCACCUAGACUCCGUCCUUAAUCCUAACAAGUGGUAUCAGAGCCAUAUUAAGGACAUUGAGAGGAGUCUACAGAAGUGUGAAGACCCUUCUAGACCCACCAUGGCCUAGAAGAUGCCGGAAGAAGGCGAAGCACGUGAACGGUGGAUUGAGAAAAGCGCGGUGCUUUUCGACCUCAUUCUUCAAUCGGUCAACAAGGAGAUGUUCGAGCACAUCAAGGAUCUUGUGGAAGCGGAUGAUUCGGGUCCAAGGGCGUGGAAACUACUACGUGAUGUGGUUCAGCCCAACACUCUCCUGAUGGUGAUCGUGCUCGAGAAGGAACUUGCUGCCAUCUCCAUGCAACCAGGGGACGAUGUGAAGCCGGUCCUUGACAAGAUCAAGGACACCUAUGCAAGGAUGGCAGCAGCGGGCAGCAGUGUAUCUCAGCUGCAGCAGUGCACCAAGAUCAUCUCGCAGACAAAGGGGAAGGACUAUGAUGAGGUGUUUGCUCCUGUGGGGAAAGGAACAACACUGAGGGUGCUGUUGGCGAUAGCUGCACUCCUGGGAUGGAAGAUUCGGCAGAUGGACAUUGUGACUGCCUUUCUGAAUGGGAUCAUUCUGGAGGAGGAGGUGCGGCUGGAGAUAGUGAAGACCCAUCAGCAGGCAGCAGAUAUUUUCACUAAGCGUCUGGCGGAGGCGGAUCAUUGAGAAGAUCUUUGCGACGCAACAAGAAUCGCUUCAAUCGGAGCAAGAACGCGAAAGCUAUGAAGAUUCAAAGUUCAUGAGCUUGCGUUACAAUUGCGGCGGUUACUAAGUGAAGUUGUGGGGUGACUUUAUAUG